AUGACUACGGAUAGUAUGGAAAGUGUGGAGCCUAUUGACGAGCACGAGGAAAUGUGGUUCCCGCUGGAGACUAUUCUCACCCAAUGGAUCUAUAUGACUCGGAUUGGUAAGGCUGUUCCUGGGCUUCCUGAAAAACUCCCUUCUGGUGAUCCCCCGACGAAUAGAUCGCAAUUCUAUCUGUGGUCGUGGCUCCCUUAUUGCGAUGCCCAGAUUGAUAGCACUAUAGCUGCGAUAGAGCGCUACUCAGCUGCAGUCUAA